ACGGAUCCCUUUAUAGUAAAAAAAUUUGCUCGUGCUAAUAACAAUUCUGUUAGAGGAUUUGAAGUGAUUGACCGAAUUAAGUCGGAGGUUGAUAAAGUUUGUGGACGUCCAGUUGUAUCUUGUGCAGAUAUAUUGGCAGUUGCAGCUCGUGACUCCGUAGUUGCUCUACAUGGACCAACUUGGGAAGUGCAACUGGGAAGAAGGGACUCAACCACAGCAAGUAGAACCACAGCCAACAAUGACAUUCCAUCUCCGUUAAUGGACUUACCUGCACUUAUCGACAACUUCAAGAAGCAAGGUUUGGAUGAGGAAGACCUUGUUGCUCUCACCGGUGGUCACACGCUAGGGUUUGCUCAGUGUUUCACCUUCAGGAAUCGCAUCUACAAUGAGACUAAUAUUGACUCCACCUUUGCGAGCCAACGUCAAGAGAAUUGUCCACGUAGUGGAGGUGAUUCCAACCUUGCUUCCCUUGAUCCUACACCGGCCCUUUUCGACUCGAAAUAUUUCAGUAAUUUGGUGUCCAAGAAAGGGCUUUUGCAUUCUGAUCAAGCAUUAUUUAGUGGUGGGGAAACUGAUGAUCUUGUUAAAACCUAUAGCAUGAACCUAAGGAGUUUCUCCAAAGAUUUUGCUGAAUCUAUGAUUAAGAUGGGUAAUAUCAAGCCAUUGACUGGGGAUCAAGGUCAGGUUCGUGUCAACUGCAGGAAGGUGAACUAAGCAGUGCUGAUUAAUGUUGCUAAUAAAAUAAAGUGUUUCAAUAAUUUGGCUAUUGUCAAUUGUUUGUGAUUUUUGUUCUUUUGUAACCUUUGUUGUUAUUACCUAAAAUAAGUUAAUUGUGAGCA